AUGGCGAGUAUGUACACCCCCCAUUUGAAUGCGCUGCGGUCCCGCAGACCUCCAGAUUCUGAGUCUGCGAUUCUCACUCGAUUCUCGUCGCUUAUCAAGAAGCCCAAGACCCACCGUUACCCCUCCCUCAAGGGUGUCGACCCCAAGUUCCGCCGCAACCACAGACACGCUCUUCACGGUACCGCGAAGGCUCUGAAGGAGCGCAAGGAGGGCAAGCGCGAGAUUGCCUAA